AUGUACGAAGGGAUUGACAACCUGAAAUCCCUUUACGACCGUGCCGGGAAGACUUUCUCCGGCGGUCCUUCUGCGGCACAGGAUGUGCCGCGUCGUACUGCUCAACCAAACCCAGUACGUCGAUCAUCAGUUGGGAGCGGGGCUCCCAAGUAUCCCAGGACGGGGGAUAGCCGCGCCACCGGACGAGAUAACUCGUCCGACGUCCGUUCACGUCGCGGUGGUUCAACAGCUGCUCAACUAGAUAGCGCUGGCCACCGCGAGAGUCCUCUAAUGGAGGUGGAGGAGGAGGAAAGACGCUCUCCACACGAUCAUGGGGACCCGUGUGUUCCCGAGAGCUUCUUUGAUCGCGUAACGCAAGGGUUACGCAACGAUCUAGAACAUGAGCGGGACAGGCGUCUCCAAAUGGAGGACACUGUCUCGAAGCAUCGAGCUGAGUUUGCCUUUGCUCAGCUUGAGAACGAGAGAUCUCUGACAUCUCUUCGUGACGAGUUAAGGGUAGCUCGUGGGAUUGUUGAUCGGUCUCGGUAUGGGAUUACUGCUCUUCAGACCCUUGUUGAUGCCCACCAUCGGGAGCACAAGGCCAUCUGUGAGAUGCUUGAGCGCAGGGGCGUUCUUCAUCGGAAGAAGCAGCGUACUGAUGGUACGGCUUAA